AUGCCGCGGCUACAGCGGCGAGGAUGGGAGGCGCUGCUGGUGCUGCUGCUCGUGCUACUCGUGCCCGAUGCACCGGUUCGCGGUCAGGACGACGACUCGCUAGCCGGCAGCUUUCUAUCAGGGCUCCUGGACUCGCUAACAAGUUCGGCCAACAGCGAAAACUGCCCGGGCGUGUGCGUGCACGCGCUCGCCACGAUCAUGUGCUACGAUGUACUGGAGGACGUGCCGUGUCCGCAGUCGAGUAUGCGUUGCUGCCUCGACUCGCCCCUCAACGGCACGAGCAGCAACAACAGCCCGAGCUCGAACGAGGUCGCCGAUUACGAGCACGACGGGCACCAUCAGGCGAACCCGGGAGCCAAACCCGACCAGCGACCGGCCGGCUUGGAAACGAGGAACGAUACCGCGGCAGCUAUCGGGGGCCCGAUCGGCACG